UUGUUGGAUUAUACUAUAUAUAUCAGAGUAUCUAAGCUUCUAAAGAUGAGUAUGUCCGAGGAAAUGCUUGAGAUUCCAGACCCAAAAUGUACGAGAAAUUUCAUCCAGGAAAAUGUGAUAGAGUUUCAAGAAAUGCAAAGCUCAAUGCGUGAAAAUGAAGAAACUAACUCAGUCAUUGAAUACUCUGGGAGAACUACAUUUGAAAAUGUGCCAGCAGAAAUAAUUUCUCAUAUUAACUGUUCUCAGUUAAUGAACGACAAGCAGAUUCCGAGUGAUGACACGGCAGUCUCUCUUCAUCGACAGCAUACUGAACUGUCAUUCAAGCAAAAAACAGACGUUUCAACCUCCACUGAACCGUCCGCAGACUUUUCUGCCUUCAUGCCAGUGGACAGCGAGGAGCCCAUUGGGUUCACUGGCAGCAGGAGCGUCUGGUGUCAGACUGUUGGUCCGGAGAAUUUGGACGAACUGUAUAAUGUGGGAGUGAUCAAGUAUUCAUCGACCAGAAACCCGCUUCUAAUUAAGUCACGGCAUUCAGAAAACGAACUUCCGGCGGGUGAAGUGGAUCAGCAGAUGCCUCGUAGGAGUGAUGAUCCUGACAUCCAAAAAUUAUCACUGUGUGAGCACAAGCAAGAUACGCAUAAGAGUCGACAUGCAAGAAAUGAAACUGAUUAUAUAAAAGAAAAUAUCAUGUCCGUGAAGGCAAGGCAGCGAUCUAUUGAAACAAGAAGCAAUCCUUUGUUAGCCCCUUCCACGUACAAGAGAGGCGUCAUCCCACAGUACCUAAUAGAACGCCGUCAGAGAGAGAAUUCGAAAAAUGAAACAGAGUACAGAAAAACUAAUGCCGUGUCCGUGAAGCCAAGGCAGGGAUCUAUUGAAACAGUACGUGAUCCUUUGAAACCUCCUUCCACCUGCAAGAGAGGCAUCAUCCCAAACAAUCUAAAAAAAGACCACGAGACAGGGAGUGCGAGAAAUGAAUCCAAUACCAAAAAAACAAAUGUAAUGUCCAUGAAGGAAAGGCAUAUAUCUGCUAUAACAGCAAUUGAUCCUUUGGUACCCCCUCCCGGCUACAAGAAAGGUGAAAUCCCCAAGUAUCUAAAAGAACGCCGCGAAGCAUUGGAAAAGGAGGCAAAGUGCAAGCCCAUGUUUCCUGUUCUGGCUUGCCCACCAGGUAAUGUUACCCAAAAUGACUCUUACAGGAAUGAGACACUCAAAAUGCUCAAGAAAAGGUACUCAGACCUGUCUCAGGAGCUGAGAAUGAUGCCUGUCAAGACAGACAUACGGAUGAUGUACACCAAAAAGAUAGAACUGACGAAGAAACUGAAAGAGGCUAGGAAUGCCAUUAGAACAUUUCUCGAACUUGAAGCAUGUCAAACUAGACCCCUAAAUGACUAA